AUGUCUGUGGAGAAGAAGCGGUCUCCCACUUUCCAAGAAAGCGACAUUUCUUCAAACGCUUCAAUUAAAAAAGACAUUGCGAUUAGCGAACCAGAAUAUGAAGAUUCGCCCAUAGAAGAAGUCCGUGCAAGUGUCCCACCUACAGACGAUACAUCGCUCCCUACAGGCACUUUUAGAGCAUGGUUUUGGGGAGUUUGUUUUUCAGCUGCGAUUUCAUUCACAAAUCAGUUUUUCUGGUUCCGUGCAAAUCCACUGACAAUCAAAGUAAUUGUUGUCCAGCUACUGGCCUUUCCUGCGGGCCGCUUAUUCGAAAAAAUCUUACCUACACGCACAUUUGGCUCUGGUCGAUUCCAAUUUUCUUUGAACCCUGGCCCAUUUAGUGUCAAGGAACAUGUACUUAUUACAGCUAUGGCUAAUGCUGCUGCAACUUCUUUCGAUGCAAUUGAUAUCAUCGUUGUCCAGAAGCUUUAUUACAACCAGUCUUGGGGAUAUGGCGGAGGAAUCUUACUUGUUCUCACCACUAGUAUUCUUGGCUUUGGGUUUGCUGGUGUUUUGCGGCGUUUCCUUGUACGACCUGCCUCGAUGGUUUGGCCAAUCAAUCUUGUCAAUGCUACUUUAUUUCACACGCUUCACAAAAAGGUUCCCAGGGAAGUGGCUGAUGCUGAGGCUGUAACUCCAGGACUGAGUUUGUCUCGUAACAAGUUCUUUGUGAUUGCAUUCAUCGCAUCUUUUGCGUGGUAUUUCUUCCCUGGUUAUAUUAUACCUGUCCUCACAAGUAUCUCUUGGAUUUGCUGGAUAAAAAAAGAUUCCAUUCUUGUGUCCCAGAUUGGCAGCGGUCUUAAUGGCCUUGGUAUCGGCAGUUUUACCCUAGACUGGAGUACAUUGGCAGCUUGGUACCCAAGUCCUCUUGCUAUUCCUUGGGUUGUCCAAGCCAACAUGCUAGCAGGGUUCAUCUUUUUCAUCUGGUUCCUCGUUCCCAUAGUCUACUACACCGAUUCAUUCGAGAGCAAGAAGUUUCCCUUUUAUAACACCCGCCAAUACGACAUUUACGGCGAGGUAUUUGACCGAGCUCGUGUCCUCACACCCGAGCAAUACCUCAACGAAACUGCCUAUGCUGAGUAUUCGCCCAUCAGAAUCACUGGAUUUUUUGCUAUUUGCUACGGCCAAGGUCUGGCAGCAUUGGGUGCAAUUAUAUCCCACACUAUCCUGUAUAACGGAAAAGAUGUCUGGGAGCGCUUUAAGAGUGCUCGUCAAGAUUCCGAUGAUAUCCACGCCCGCCUUAUGGAUCGCUACAAAGAGGUUCCUGACUGGUGGUAUGCUCUCUUGUUCGUGAUCUCUCUUGGUGUCAGCUUUGCUACCAUAACUGUCUGGCCAUCCGAUAUGCCCUGGUGGGCUCUGAUCAUUGCCGUUGUUUUGGCUUUUGUUUGGCUAAUUCCAAUUGGUAUCGUCACUGCCAUUACUUCUCAGUCUCCUACCAUUUCCAUGAUCACUGAAUGGGUAUUUGGUGUAAUUCGUCCUGGACACCCAAUUGGAAACAUGAUGUUUAAGACCUAUGGCUAUAUUACUGUUCGUCAAGCUCUUUUAUUCUCUCAGGAUCUUAAACUAGGUCAUUACAUGAAAAUUCCUCCUCGUGAACUCUUUACCUUCCAGAUUGUUGGAACUAUUAUUGCUUCUUUUGUCUCAUUGAGUACUAUGAACUAUCUGAUGGAUACAAUUCCUGAUAUCUGUACGAAUGCUGGAUAUCCUUGGACAUGUCCUAAUGCUGGUCUUUUUGGAGCAUCUUCUGUAAUCUGGGGUCUGAUUGGCCCGAACAAAUUCUUUGAAUCUGGAACACUCUAUAAUCCUUUGCCUUACUUCUUGCUCGGUGGGUUUCUCCUACCUAUUCCAUUUUGGUUCCUGACCCGCAGAUAUCCUGAUUCAUGGGUUCGCCAUGUCAGUAUCCCUGUUUUUAUGCUCGGUCCCACACCUUUCCCUCCUGCUCCUACCGCUGUAACACCGACCUGGGCUACUAUUGGCUUCGUUUUUAAUUUCUUUAUUAAGCGUCGGUGGUCUGCGUGGUGGAAGAAGUAUAACUACGUUCUUUCUGCUGCACUUGAUUCUGGUGUUGCAAUUUGUGCGAUUGUCAUCUUCUUUGCUUUCCAAUACUCUGAUAUCAAAUUCCCUCAAUGGUGGGGAAACAACUCUUCAUCAGUUGAUCAAUGCCCACUUGCAACAGUCAAUUGGGCUGGUGUAGACGUAUAUGCUUAA